UGCUGAUAUUGCACCCCAAUUUGCCGCGUUAGCCUUAUUAUGUGUCCAUUUUACAAACCCCUCUUUGUUUCUUUCUUUCUUUCCAAAAUUUGCUUUUUAUAUAAACUGAUUGCUCCUUUACAUUAUUCCAACAACAUUACUGCAUAAUAUAUAAUAAACAAAGAGAGUAAAAAUGGCAUCGCAACAGCAAAGAUCGGCGCUGGACGCUAAGGCUAAGCAGGGUGAGACUGUGGUUCCUGGUGGAACUGGUGGCAAAAGCCUUGAUGCUCAAGAACGCCUAGCCGAAGGUUCCUUUGUGAGCUUUAGUACUACAUGUGUAAAUUUUUGUUUAUAAUAUGAUCGAGUUUAUUAAUUGCUUUAUCAUGGUGAAGGCCGGAGCAAAGGCGGGCAAACAAGGAAAGAGCAACUGGGGCAUGAAGGGUAUCAAGAGCUAGGGCAUCAAGGGGGAGAGGCAAGAAGGGAGCAAAUGGGCCAAGAAGGCUACAAAGAGAUGGGCCGGAAAGGAGGGCUGAGCACAAUGGACAAGUCCGGUGGCGAGCGGGUGGAGGAGGAAGGAAUCGAGAUCGAUGAGUCCAAGUUCACAAACAAGAACCGUUAAACUCGCCCUUUGAACUUAGGGCUGAUCUUAAUGUAAUGUUUGCAUGCAUGUGCAUGCAUGUUGUCUGUUCUCGUGGUUUCGUCUUAUGUAAUGUAAUAAGGUUGCUUUGUAAUUUUAUUUCCUAUGCUUUUUCUUUUCUUUUCUUUUCUUUUACCUUGGCCACAUGUGCUGUGGUUGUAUUUCAGGGUUUAAGUUCUGAACUUAAACUUUUGAUGAAUUUUGCUA